GCUGCAAGAGGAAGAGAUGGCGGCCGAGGCCGGAGAGGCGGCGGCGUCCCCUAUGGACGACGGGUUUCUGAGCCUGGACUCGCCCACCUACGUGAUGUACAGGGAUAGAGCAGAAUGGGCUGACAUAGACCCGGUGCCACAGAACGAUGGUCCCAAUCCAGUGGUCCAGAUCAUCUAUAGUGAAAAAUUUAGAGACGUCUAUGAUUAUUUCCGAGCUGUUCUGCAGCGUGAUGAAAGAAGUGAACGAGCUUUUAAGUUAACACGAGAUGCUAUUGAGUUAAAUGCAGCCAAUUAUACGGUGUGGCAUUUUCGGAGAGUUCUCUUGAAGUCACUUCAAAAGGAUCUGUAUGAGGAAAUGAACUACAUCACAGCAAUAAUUGAGGAGCAGCCCAAAAACUAUCAAGUUUGGCACCAUAGGCGAGUUUUAGUGGAAUGGCUGAAAGACCCAUCUCAGGAGCUGGAGUUUAUUGCUGAUAUUCUCAAUCAGGAUGCAAAGAAUUACCAUGCCUGGCAGCACCGACAGUGGGUUAUUCAGGAAUUUAAACUUUGGGAUAAUGAGCUGCAGUAUGUAGACCAACUUCUCAAAGAGGAUGUGAGAAAUAAUUCUGUUUGGAACCAAAGAUACUUUGUCAUUUCUAACACCACUGGCUACAAUGACCGUGCUGUAUUGGACAGAGAAGUCCAGUACACUCUCGAAAUGAUUAAACUAGUACCACAUAAUGAAAGUGCAUGGAACUAUUUGAAGGGGAUUUUGCAGGAUCGCGGUCUUUCCAAAUAUCCCAAUCUUUUAAAUCAGUUACUUGAUUUACAACCAAGUCACAGUUCCCCCUACCUAAUUGCCUUUCUUGUGGAUAUCUAUGAAGACAUGCUAGAAAACCAAUGUGACGACAAGGAGGACAUUCUUACUAAAGCACUAGCGUUAUGUGAAAUUCUAGCUAAAGAAAAGGACACUAUAAGAAAGGAAUAUUGGAGAUAUAUCGGAAGAUCUCUUCAAAGCAAACACAGCACAGAAAAUGACCCACCAACAAGUGUACAGCAAUAACACCAUCCAGAAGAACUUGAUGAAACGCUUUUAUUUUUCUAAAGGACUCUAAUCAGGAGUUGAAAAGCUACAGCGAGCAUUCCCUCUGCCUGCGGUAGAGCACUGUGCACGGUGUUGCUGUCUAACAAGAACUAAGUGCGAUGCUCCUUGGGUGCUGCUGCUAUUCGGACUGGCUGAGUCAUUUCCUUCUUCUAAAGCAAAGUAAUCGGAGGGGGGUGGGAGGAAAAAAGUCUCAUAAAGGAACUUUUGUAGUCUUACCAACCUUCAGUCUAAUCCCUUAGCAUCAGCUCCUCCCUAAAUGGUGUCUGUGUCAGGAUUUGUAGCAGUAAUGGUCAGGUCAUGUGUCUGUAAUGGAUAUGAAGUAACUGAAGUUGUAACUUAAUUUCGGCCCAGGAAGCAGGGAAUACAGUUGUUACAUUAGAGCUGCUAUGCCACACUCAUAGUAUCUUGCUAUCACUGUAACAAACUAAUGCCAAAAGAAUGGUUUCAUAAUAAAAUUAUAGAUCUAUCUAAAAAGAA